AUAAUCAUACGGAAAUUAUUUGCAAUAAGAGGAAGCGGUUAUAAGCACGCACUGGUUUUCAAUAUUUUACUCACUUAAUUCUUCUUUCCGGUUUUCAUUUCUCUUAGUUAUUUAUAAAUAUAUGCAGAGGCAGCGUAUUAUAUAUAGUGGUUAAGUUUGACAGCAGAUUCUCGCAUGUUCCUUGACAUCGUUAGUGGGAAUUUUAUUACCAAAUUAUUGAUAUUAGUAUUGUUCUUAUUAAGAGGGCUGAGCUGAGAGACAGAGAGAGAGGGAGAGAUUAAGCUGAGAGAGAGGGAGAGAUUAGAGUCAGAUGGGCAGUGAACAAAACAAUAGAGCUGUCAACAGCCACAUGAUGAAGGUGGAAACUGGUGAUUAUGGUUAUGUUCUUGAAGAUGUUCCUCACUUGACUGAUUAUAUUGAUCAGCUUCCUACCUAUCCCAAUCCGUUGCGAUCUAAUCCAGCAUAUUCAGUUGUAAAGCAGUACUUUGUAAAUGUCGAUGAUACUGUACCACAAAAGGUUGUGGUUCAUAAAGAUAGUCCAAGGGGAAUACAUUUCCGACGUGCCGGACCUCGCCAGAAGGUAUAUUUCAGCCCAGAUGAGGUGCAUGCUUGUAUUGUAACAUGCGGUGGGUUGUGCCCUGGGCUUAAUACGGUGAUCAGGGAAAUUGUAUGUGCUCUCUAUCACAUGUACGGCAUCACCAGAGUCUCUGGAAUAGAGGGAGGUUAUAGAGGUUUUUAUUCAAGAAAUACCAUUCCCUUGACACCAAAGAUUGUAAAUGAUAUUCACAAACGUGGAGGCACAGUCCUUGGAACAUCUCGUGGGGGGCAUGAUAAGAUGAAGAUUGUUGACAGCAUUCAGGAUCGAGGAAUUAAUCAGGUUUAUAUUAUUGGAGGAGAUGGGACUCAGAAAGGUGCUGCUGUCAUUUUUGAGGAAGUUAGACGGCGCGGUCUGAAGGUUGCGAUUGCAGGAAUUCCAAAAACUAUUGAUAAUGACAUUCCGGUCAUUGAUAAAUCAUUUGGUUUUGAUACUGCUGUUGAAGAAGCUCAACGCGCCAUCAAUGCUGCACACGUUGAAGCUGAAAGUGCCGAGAACGGUGUUGGUGUAGUGAAGCUAAUGGGCCGUUACAGUGGUUUUAUUGCCAUGUAUGCCACUCUUGCCAGCCGAGAUGUAGAUUUGUGCUUGAUACCAGAGUCACCAUUCUAUCUUGAAGGAGAAGGUGGACUUUUUGAAUAUGUGGAGAAACGACUUAAAGAAGAUGGACACAUGGUUAUUGUUAUAGCUGAAGGAGCAGGUCAGGAUCUUCUUGAUAAAGAACAGAGCCUAGGAAAUGCGCAAGAUGCUUCAGGGAACAAGCUACUUGCAGAUAAUGGAUUGUGGAUUUCUCAAAAGAUUAAGGAUCAUUUUGCCAGAAACAAGUUGCAGCUCACUCUUAAAUAUAUAGAUCCUACCUACAUGAUCCGUGCUAUUCCGAGUAAUGCAUCGGACAAUGUGUAUUGCACACUUCUUGCACAAAGUUGCGUUCAUGGAGCAAUGGCAGGUUACACAGGCUAUACGAGUGGGCUUGUUAAUGGGAGACAGACAUACAUCCCUUUUAAUCGCAUAAAUGAACAGAGGAACCACGUUGUGAUUACUGAUAGGAUGUGGGCAAGGCUUCUUUCUUCAACUAAUCAGCCCAGCUUUUUAUGCAAAAUUGCAAUUGCCAAAGCGAAAGAAGAGGACUUUCCACCUACUCAGUUGCUGGAUGGAGAAAACUGUAAUGAUGAGAAGAUAAGUAAUGAGGAUGACAAAUGAAACCUAAUAAUCUGCGAUAAUAUAUAUAGUAGCAUGUAAAAUUGAGUUGCCUAAGCUGCAAUAAAUUUGUGUAUUAUCAUCAUUCUACACGUUUGAUUGAGAAUGUGUUUCUCUUCUAGACCAAGUGUUCUGCUGUAAUGUACUGUUGUCAAUAUGGUAAUAAAGGUAUGUUUUUACGUUGCA